AUGCGCCACCUCGAGCGCUGCCCAUCCUCAGAUCCCAUCACCUCGAUCAGUCUUGUCAAGACCCAGAAGCUCGCGCGAGACCGAUAUCGAGCCUUGAGCUGGAGCCUAUUCCAAGUACCGUCUUCCGACAGUUCUAUUCGCGUGGAUACUCGCGAUGAUACGCCCACACACGCCUUGCCGAACGAGAACGAUGGAUUCACUGUCGUGCGCCAGUAUUUGUACGAUGUGCUCACUCGCACAGGAUGGGGUAUAGGCCAUGAGUGCUCUGCAGCAAUAAUGGCAACGGUGGAAGGUUGGUAUGGGCAUGGAGGGUAUUUCAAGGCCCAAUGUGCAGCAGAAGAUGGAUUGUUGGACCUUUGUCCCAUCAAAGGAAAAGAUGGCGAAGGAAACGAAAUAUACUUCGAGAAUCGACUGAGAGACAAGAUCAGGGAAUGUGUCCGACACGAAAGCAGCAUGCUGUUGCAUCGUGAGGUUGUGCUGGACGACGCGAUGUCUGAAGCAGAUACAUGCGCGGGCGAUAACACCCCUGAUAUCAGUGUACAGGAACGGGGUUACCAGGAUUACGAUGGAAAGAAAAACACAUGCCCGGUGGCCCGACCGUCAAUCGAACUCAACGAGGAUGCAAUGACCAUUGGUCCCCAUGAAGAUCAGGAUUACGACCCCGACCCUUCAGCACCUUAUGUACACCACAGCGGCAGCGCAAGGUUUUCGGGAGCUGUCGGAUCAAAGACACGGACCAGCAAAGAACUCGUAUCAUCCGAUCCUGAGCCCAGAGUAAAUGCGCCUUCCGAGAUCACGCAUAAACUCACAUUCGAGGUUCCUGCACCAGAGGAGGGGCGAUCGAAGAAGAGGAAAGAACGGCCGCAUGCAAGCUCAAGAGCCAUGGACGAGCUGGUUGCAGGAUGCAAGUCAUCCAUUAGCCUUGCAGUCUACCGUCACGCAAACGCAACAACACCAGACUUGAAGUCUCAAUACCCAACGAAAAUAGAGCUACCUGACGCAUAUAAGCACGCACGAUGUGGCGCUGUCCUACCCGCCGAGAAGCCCAUGCCUGUCGCACGUCAGAAAAACUACAGAAAAAGUGCAAAGGCCAUCGAACGCCGGUUACAGAUGACCCACAACACAGCUUGCUCCGUCAGGAGCAUACGCUACGAGACACUGCCACAAAGUCAACCGCCUGCAAUAAAAGGUCAGCACCUCGUUGUUGAAGCUACGGAGGUGGCGAAGAGAGCGAUCGCCCUGAAGCUCAGUGUUGAUGAGGCAAGGUACUUGAACCAUCAUGAUCGCAGGAAAGGGAACAUCUUGUCAAGGAUGCUUGCGAGAGUGGGUGGAAAAAAUGGGUGAAUGUCUGGCUUUAGAGGAAAGAGCCAGAGUACAGCGUAACACAGUACCAUUUCGUUUGUCAUAGCUAUGAGUGUAGAGACAUUAGGAACAUCAGUAACCAGAAACCCAAAAGAGUGGC